UACAACGGAAGUCGGUAAGUGAGCUUGCUUCUUGGUUCGUUUCCACGACAACAGUAAACGGUGAACGAUAAACAUGACUGCUGUUAGAAAGCUUCAAGGGGAUUCAAAAUUCACCUUUAAUCUGCUUUCGAAUAAAACCUUUUCCUUUCUUAAAGACUGGAACACGUCGCAACUUUUAAUGAAAUGGUCCAUGUUGGGGAGAAUUACAGCACAAGCAUUUAAUUUUGAUCAGUUUUUCCAGCCUUACCAAAAGGAUGAUUUUGUAAGAGAUUUCUUCAGUGACCCAUGUGUUGUUUCCAGUGUGAAAGUUGCAGAUACUCCCGGAAAAUGGAGGACCUUAGACACAAAAGUGACAAAAGUUAAGGCAGAUCUGAUUCCAUGCACCAGAGUUUCAAUGGCAUUAUUUGACCCUCUGUAUUCGGAUGGUAUCUUAAGAGCAACGGGUCACAUUCGAAAGUGCUUUGAUGAAUUUUAUGGAGAUUUUGAUGAACUGAGAAAGAUGCUGAUAUUGGAGGACUCUGAAAAUUAUGAAAUAAUCAGCCAAGUGGAUCGUGAGGAGUUUCUAUUUCGGCUGUUUAAACACUUCUGCCUGGGCGGAUCUCUCUGCCAGUAUGAAGAUGUUAUUGGUCCUUAUAUAGAGACUACCAAAUCUGUUUAUAAGGAUAUGGUUAGUGUUCAAAAGGAUCCGGAAACAAAAGGAAUUAAUGUAAUCUCAACUGUGUUUAAAGUCUCUGCCUAUAACGACUCUGGGAUGUGUUAUCCUGCUACCAAGGAUCACGAACAGACCUUUGCCUACUUGGUUGUAGACCCCCUGAAGCGUCAUGUAUAUGUCCUAUACAAUUGCUUUGGAGUUGGAUUAAUGUCAGCAACAGACACUGACAAACCACACACUUAACUCAUAUAUAAAUGCAGUAAACUUUACAAUCUUCAUGUGUAGAGAAUAUUUAAGUUCAGUGUCUAAACAUUAAUAGUUACAAACAAAUGGAACAUUAUUUAAUGACUGGGAUAACUUGUCACAAGUGAACAAUACACUGAUAUUGUUUGUUUGAAACAAUAUCACUUUCGUUUUUAACACACAUGCGCAUACAAGUGAAGCUGUGUAAUUGCCUGAAAACAUACAAUAAAUAUUAUGUAAUAAGUUGUAUCCAAGGUAAGAUUUUUUAUUAAAAAGAUUUGUAUAUUUAAGACUGUGUCCUCAAAUAUUACAUAUAGAGUCUCUUAAAUGUAUUCAAUAGCAUUUAACUUCUGGAGCCAUCUUUAUAAAUCUGUAUAUACACACUGUAGCACACAUAAGAACACUCAAGCCUGGUUAGGACAGCCUUUAUCAAGUUGUUUGAAGAGAGCAUCAGAAUCUAGGGGUAUGUUGAGGCGCCUGCUAUUCUGUACAAUGCAUGUGUCCGUGCCACACUAAGGGUUCCAGUAACAUAGACAGACCACAGACUGUGUUCUAAAAUGAAAAGAUGUAUACUGUAUAUCUGUCAUCUAGUCUACAGGAUAACCUUGUCAAGGUUUGUCUUUUCUUGAAAUGUGUUAAAGGUACAGAUAGCAGUUUAAACACUGUAUCAUAGGCUGUAAGCUGUAACCUAAACAAAAAAGAACAAAGCAUGUCUCUUACUGAUAGUAAAGGUUACGAACGCUGUUUAUUUAAUACUGUUACAUGUGAAAUGUCUGAAGAAGAAUUUUAUGAAGCAAAAUAUUCUAAGUGUUAUUUGUCUUGUAUUUUUAAUGUUUAAUUAAAUUAUUACAUUUUUUAAAUAUUACUGUUUAAUUCUUUGUUUUCAAAUGUGAUUUUUACUUUUUGGAAUAAUAAAAUGGAUGAAUGUUAAA